AAAACUAGGGUAAAGAAGCUACUUAGAAUCAAUCUCACACACUCAGACACACCACCGCACAGUUAAACCCUUCUUCCCCAACCGAGAGAACACACAACAAAUUUCUCACUCUCUUCAAUCUUCAUUCGAUUCGCUUCACUUCAUCCAUGGCAGAUAUCGAGGAGGACAUCCGUUCUUUACAGCUUGAGUCAGCAGACAUAGCAGAAGACAGCAAUGGAGUUGUAAGUCCAGAUGAUGGAAAAACAGAAGUUGAGGAAUCUGCUAAUACACAACAAGAAGUUGAGGAACAUAUUAAUGCAGAUGAAGAUCCUAAGCAAGAGGUUCAAGAACAAUCUAUUAAGACUGAGAUAAAAGAUAAGGAAAUUCCUCCGGUGCAAGAUGAAGAAGAUGAGGAGGAUAUAUUAUCUAAGAAAAGACAUUUAAAUGUUGUAUUUAUUGGUCAUGUGGAUGCUGGUAAGUCUACAACAGGAGGCCAGAUACUUUACCUCAGUGGCCAGGUUGAUGAACGGACAAUCCAAAAAUAUGAGAAGGAAGCCAAGGACAAAAGUAGAGAAAGCUGGUAUAUGGCCUACAUAAUGGAUACGAAUGAGGAAGAGAGGGCAAAGGGAAAGACAGUUGAAGUUGGAAGAGCACAUUUUGAGACGGAGACAUCGAGGUUUACGAUUUUGGAUGCACCGGGUCAUAAGAGUUAUGUUCCGAACAUGAUCAGUGGUGCAUCUCAAGCUGAUAUUGGAGUAUUGGUAAUUUCUGCUCGAAAGGGAGAAUUUGAAACUGGAUAUGAGAAAGGUGGUCAAACCCGUGAACAUGUUCAGCUUGCAAAAACCCUGGGUGUGUCUAAGCUGCUUGUUGUUGUUAAUAAAAUGGAUGAUCCUACAGUGCAGUGGGCAAAAACUAGGUAUGACGAAAUUGAGUCAAAGAUGAUACCAUUUCUUAAGCAAUCGGGCUACAAUGUGAAGAAAGAUGUCCUGUUUUUACCCAUAUCUGGGCUAAUUGGUGCAAACUUAAAAACAAGAAUGGAUAAAAGCAUUUGUCCAUGGUGGGAUGGUCCUUGCCUAUUUGAAGCUCUUGACUCCAUUGAAGUUCCUCUACGAGAUCCUAACGGUCCUUUCAGGAUGCCUAUACUUGACAAAUUCAAAGACAUGGGAACUGUUGUUAUGGGAAAAGUCGAAUCUGGCAGUAUUCGUGAGGGAGAUUCCUUGUUGAUUAUGCCAAAUAGGGAUCAAGUGAAAGUUGUUGCUAUAUAUAUUGAUGAGACUCGGGUUAAACGUGCUGGGCCUGGUGAGAAUUUACGGGUUAGAGUAUCCGGUGUUGAAGAAGAAGACAUAUCAGCUGGGUUUGUCCUGUCUAGUACUGCAAAUCCAAUACCCGCUGUUACGGAGUUUGUUGCCCAGCUGCAAAUUCUUGAAUUGCUGGACAAUGCAAUUUUUACUGCUGGGUACAAGGCUAUUCUUCACGUCCACUCUGUAGUUGAAGAGUGUGAGGUUAUUGAGCUCAUAUCUCAAAUUGAUCCAAAGACAAGGAAGCCUAUGAAAAAGAAAGUUCUCUUUGUGAAGAAUGGUGCAGGUGUUGUGUGCCGAAUUCAGGUUAAUAACUCCAUAUGCAUCGAGAAAUUCUCUGACUUUCCACAACUUGGGAGAUUCACUCUUCGUACUGAAGGAAAAACUGUUGCAGUGGGAAGGAUCAAUAGUUUUUAAAUUUAAACCACAAUUUUGACUUGAGCAGGAUAUUAAUUUGGACAUAAUGUAAUUCCUGCAUAGACAAAUGGAGUUGGCCGCGUUGAGACGUAGUUUACAACAUCAAAUUUGAAAUAUAUCCAUGAUGAAUAGUAAUUUGUUGCUGCCGGUACAUGUGUACUUUUAUGUGGCCUUAUGUGGUCUUUGCUGCUUCAGUGUUUGUGGGUGACAACUUAUCCAUGUUUCACCCAUUUCAGUUGUUACUUGAGAAUAUAUACUAGAGUUGAGUUUGAAGGAUUGAUUUGGUAAAAAUGAGUUUAAAUGAUUGAUAUUAAACAUGGAGCAUUAUAUUCAGAUCAUUAUAUUUUCUUAAAAUUAGUGAUGCUGGAGUUUUUUAAUU